AUGAGUUUAGUUCAUUUGUCUCAUCCUUCAACAACAUCAGUUCGAAUGAAUUUUUCAAAUAUAAAUUUAUUUCAAACAACCGCACAAGCAGCAAAUAAUUCAUCAUUUAAUUCACAACGAACAACAUUUGCUAUACAAGAAAUAUUGGGACUAUCAGAUCCAUUUGGCAGUAGAUAUGAUCCUAUAAGUUUCUAUCAACCAAGAAAUUAUUUGGAUCCUACGUCAUGUUAUUCACAAACAAAUUCUACUUCGUCGUCAGCUUCCGCUGUUCAAGCAGCAGCAGCCUACAGUGCCUAUUUAUCAAGAUCAAGUUUUCUUCCACAUCCGUUUGUUACAGCUGCUACCAACCACAAUAUAAGAGGUAAUCAAAGUGGAAAUUCACCAGCAACAAAUGGAACAAACUUUUUUGACUUUUCACCAUCAUCAAUGACAAAUUCUCUAACAACAAUGGAUUCAUUACAAGAAAAUCUUGAUCGUGAUAUUGCUUCAAGUUGCGUCGAUGAUUUAUACUUAAAAUACAGCGAGAAAAAGAAAUGUAAAAGACGUCAUAGAACUAUUUUUACCAGUCGUCAAGUCGAAGAGCUUGAAAAAGCGUUUAAAGACGCUCAUUAUCCUGAUGUGUUUGCUCGUGAAGUAUUAGCAUCAAAAACAGAAUUACCAGAAGAUCGAAUACAAGUAUGUGAAGUAUUAUGUGUAUUUAAGAAAAGUGUUUGCAAUGUUUGGUUUCAAAAUCGUCGAGCUAAAUGGCGAAAAACAGAAAAAACAUGGGGCAAAGCAACUGUAAUGGCCGAAUAUGGUUUAUAUGGUGCCAUGGUGAGACAUAGUUUACCACUACCAGAAACAAUUGUUAAAUCAGCUAAAGAUGGUAUUGAUAGUUCAUGCGCACCAUGGCUAUUGGGUAUGCAUCGAAAAUCGUUGGAAGCUGCUGAACAAUUAAGAAAUAUGAAACAUGAAGUCGAUAAUGAUUGUACAAAUUCAAAUUCUACAACAAAAGACGAUGAUUAUUGUAUAAAAAAUCCCGAAACAUUUCGUAGUGAAAGUAUAGCAGUACUAAGAGCAAAAGCGCAAGAACAUAAUGCUCGUAUUGUCUAUAACGGUGACGAUCAAAAUGGUGAUGUAACGUCUUCAUCCGCUGAAUAUCAUUCCGACGAUAAUUCAACAAGUAUAGAUGAUCACAAUCAAAAUAAGGAUAAACAUUUAGCAGAAAAACAUUCAAAUCAUGAUCAUUAG